GAAUGAUGCGCACCCUCUUGCGGAAGUCGUCUACAGCCAUGCUCAAAAAUGUACGCUCCCAACGACUUUAGCUAAAGAAUAUAUUUAAAUAACAAAUCAGAGUUGUAGCACAGGGGACACACAGGUUUGGGACAUCACAGUCGCUAGUAAUGAAACUAAAAGAGCUAGAGAGUUGCCUACAGCGAGUGGACACAUUUGAAGAGCCAAAAAUCCUAUUUGAGCAAUAUCCAACCAGUCCUCAUAUUGCUGCAUGCAUGCUUUAUACAAUCCAAAGUACGUUUGAUGACAUUGAGGGUAAACUAGUGGCUGAUCUGGGAUGUGGCUGUGGAGUCCUCAGCAUCGGGGCUGCGGUGCUUGAUGCAGGUUUGUGCGUCGGCUUCGACAUUGACGAUGACGCUCUGGGCAUAUUCAGAAGAAAUGCAGAGGAAUUUGAGAUUUCAAACGUGGAUCUGGUCCAGUGUGACUUGUGCUCUCUGGAGGCAGAGGCUUAUGCCGACAAGUUUGACACUGUAAUAAUGAAUCCACCAUUUGGGACAAAACACAACCAAGGCAUGGACAUGAAGUUCCUACAGGCCGCUUUAACAAUGGCAAAGACAACAGUGUAUUCACUUCAUAAAACAUCAACACGAGCGCACAUACAAAAGAAGGCUAAUGACUGGGGAGUGAAGAUGGAAGUAAUAGCAGAAUUAAGGUACGACUUGCCAGCAUCUUACAGGUUCCACAAAAAGAAAUCGGUAAGCCAAUAUACUGUCACACUACAGUCUCAGGGAAUACGUUUUCCAGCAGAUGUCUGAAGCUGUAAUUGACAUAACACAUUCAAACAGAUCUUAAUUCAUUUAUGUGAAUGUUUUAUUUGCUAUUAACAUAUGCAAACUUAAAAAAAUAGCAAAGCAGAUGUUCUUAUCACUCAAUGUAGGA